UUCACUAAUGACUGACGUGAACACCCCGGAAGAAUGACUAACAUGAACAAUGAUUUUACGGUGUCUGAUAAAUCUGCGCCGAUUCAGACCCGUACAGUCAUUUCACUCCGUUCUGUCCUUCUCUAUUUGCAAGCCUAAAGCUAUCGGAACUGAAGUCCCACGGAGACUAUUUGAAAACAUGAAUGUAUUUCAUCGACAUGGACACUAUAAAAACAUGUUUGUAUUGGUGUUGAUGCUGUACGUGCCUCAUUGCUGUCACGCGUUCAACUUGGAUGUGAGGUUUCCAGUCGUCAAAGAGGGCAAAACUCCGGGCAGUUUAUUUGGACUUUCCGUUGCACUUCAUGAACAGGUCGUGGGAGAGACACGAUUCUUACUUCUUGUAGGAGCGCCGAAGGAGAAGGCAGAGUCUGGACUGCCAGCCACUGAGACUGGAGACGUGUAUGCCUGUCCAAUCACUGCAGACCCAAAAGAUUGCAAAAGACUGAACCUUCUCAAAUCACAUUCUGACGACAUCCCAAACCCUAAAAUAGAAGUGAUAGAAGGGAUGUGGCUCGGCGUUUCUGUAGCCAGUCAGAGUCAACCAGGCGGUCGUAUUUUGGCCUGUGGCCAUCGUUAUGUCCGGAACAUGACGGCCAACCUUCGCAUGAUUGGGAAGUGCUAUAUUCGUGGAAAUAAUUUAAUGUACAACAAAGAUGACAAUGAUUGGCAGUCAUACAAUGAGAUGUGUAAUCCCCUUGGAUCUAAGGAUGAUGAAGGCCUGUGUCUUGCGGGAAUGUCUUCUGCCAUCACUCAGACGGAUGUCAUCUUGGGCACACCUGGUUGCUACAACUGGCAAGGGAAUGCAUUUCUGAACUGGCAUGACCCUAAUGAUCCUGGGUAUGUGCAUAAGAUCAAGUUUCCAGACAUGAAUAGAGGAAAUAUUUACAUUGGUUACUCUGUAGCUAUGGGUCAAGGCAUACUAAGCAAAGAGAAAGACACAGUGGUAACAGGAGCCCCAAGGGAUGGAGCUAAAGGAUCAGUGAUGAUGGCUGAAUAUUUAAAAAACAAUAACAUGGAAGAAAAACUCAUAUUAAAAGCCACUGUCAUGGGGAAGCAAGUUGGAUCCUAUUUUGGCAACAGCAUUGCUCUUGUGGACCUUAAUAAUGAUGGCUGGAAGGAUCUUAUUGUUGGAGCCCCUUUCUAUUUUGAUCGGAAGGCAGAAAAAGGCGGGGCAGCGUAUAUUUAUAUUAACCAAAAUGGAUAUUUUCAUGACAACGAUGCUUUGAUCCUUACUGGGCCAAAGGACUCAGCUUUUGGCAUGGCAGUUGUUGCUGUUGGUGACAUUGACCAAGAUGGCUUCCAAGAUUUUGCUAUUGGUGCUCCAUAUCAUGAAUCAGGCAGUGUGUCUAUAUGGAUGGGCAACAAAGAUGGGAUUUUCCACCAUGCCAGUCAGCUCAUUAAUGGAAAAGAUUUCCCAGGAGCCGGAUUCCAGACAUUUGGCUACUCCAUCAGUGGUGGCAUGGAUGUGGACAGGAACAGUUACCCGGAUAUAGUAGUUGGAUCAUUAGAUGAUCGUGUGUUAUUGCUUAGGGCACGUCCUGUGGUUCACCUUAAGAAAACUUUUACCGUGACACCAGAAGUUAUCGACCCUAAUGACUGUGAUUCCUGUAUUGAGGCAAAGGUAUGUUUCUCUUACAUACCGGGCACUGGAACUACCAGCUCCACUGGGAGAAUUACUUUGCAAUAUACAGUGGAAGCUGAUCGAUUUCAUCGGAGCCCUCGUGUUAGUUUCCUUGACAACAAAGAAGGCAAAUUCACUGAUAAAAUGUCCAUAAAUCCAUCUGGUGAAUGUCGUGUUCUGAAACUCGAGCUGGUGUCCAAGGCAAUCCAAGACAAGGUGGCUCCAAUUGUUUUCUCGCUGAACGUGUCAUUGGAAGAGCCUCCUCCCUCAGCCAAGCAGUCGGUGGAGGAUCUCAAUGCUUUUCCUAUCAUCAGCCAAGGAGACGCUCUGACUGUCAGAAAAGAGAUUCACAUUCAGAAAGCCUGCGGACCAGAUAACAAAUGUGAGAGCAACCUUCAAAUGACGGCUUUAUUCACAGAUGAGCAGAACAGACCACUCCCAUCGCAGGAUGGUGUCCAGAUUUUCCACUAUACAACUGAUCUGAAGAAGAUAAGAUUGAUGAUAAAUGUGUCCAACAUUCCAUCAAAGGACAGGAUAGCGGAAGAUGCUUACAGUGCUUUUCUAAAUGUCACCAUUCCCACCUCACUCAGCUUCUCUAGCUUGUACCCCAAGAACUUGAGUCCUGAAUUUCCAGAUGGGCCUUUUUUUCUUCAGUGUACGCUGGGGGACCCUUUUAAAAGCAAUCAGAAGAUGGAGAUUGAAAUCACCUUUGAAACGUCAGGAAUCACAAUAGAUAUGCAAAAAAUUCAGACUGAACUGAAACUCCUAACGCAGAGUGAUCAGAAUGAUAUACAGCCCCUGACGAGAGUGCUGGUGGUGGACUACAUUCUAAAGCCCCACUUUCUUGUACUUCCCUCCCAGUUUAAGACCGAAUGCAGUGGCAAAAUAAUGGGGGAAUCAGCCAUGAAAUCCAUUAGUGACAUUGGAAGCCCAGUGGAAUUCAACAUCACGGUGACUGUUCCUGGCAAACCUCUGGGAAAUCUGGGGUUUCUAGAAGUGGUCUUUCAGUGGCCUUAUGCAGUGUCUAAUGGGAAGUGGCUACUUUAUUUGUCAGAGAUCCAGAUGACAGGAAACUCCAAGUCAUUCUGUGUCCCUGAAAAGAACAUUAUAAACCCACUCAAUCUAACAGUGUCGGAGCAUAAGUCAGGGAGGAGGAGGAAGAGGAGAGAUGAGUCCUCCGUUGAGUCUAAACACCCCAAGCCACAGGUCUCCCUGAACUCACGAGAUGUCAGGAAAACUGUGACAGUGGACUGUACCACAGGCACUGCCCUCUGUCAAACCUUUACCUGCCCCUUGCUGGACAUGGGCACCUCAGCCACCCUCAUUGUUAGAGCGCGCUUAUGGAACAGCACAAUUCUUGAGGACUACACUGGUGCAGAAAUAAUAGUGUAUGGUAAUGCCACAUUGAGUUUAAAAACAGACAAACCUAACCUUAAGAUGAUCAAUGACACCCACAAGUUCUCAGUAUUAAUAGAGUCUGCAGGGGCAGAAAAGGGUCCAUAUGAAGCACCACUCUGGAUAAUCAGUGUGUCCGUCCUGGCAGGAGUCAUUCUGUUGGGUCUGAUUGUCAUUUUGUUGUGGAAGUUUGGUUUCUUCAAGAGGGCCAACACCAGAGAACUUUAUGAGGCCAAGGCCCAGAAAGCUGAGAUGAAAACACAGCCAUCUGAAAAUGACCGCCUUACUGAGGACGAAUGAGGUUCAGUGGUCUUUUGUGGGCCUCUGACUCAAAUUGCAAGUUUAGUGGCUUUUUUCAGCGGGCUGCUUACUUCAGAACUAUGCCAAAAUACCAAGGAGUGAAGAUUUGUAAGAAGGAACCAUACCAGGUUAAUCAGGGCUUUCUGAUUGUGGACACCAACAAGAAACACUGGAUCACAAACUGGACAGAAAUGAAACAGUACUACUGAUGAAAGCACUCUGACACUGCCUCUCCUAUACAGUGGACUUCAAUAGUCAGACGACUUCUGAGAACUUUGUAUUAUUAUUAUUAUUAUUAUUAUUAUUAUUUUAUUAAAAAAUAUGCAUUACAAACAGUCAGGAACUAAUUAUCCAGAAGUGUCUUCUUAAUGUGAGUGUGCAUACUGUUUUUUAUGUUCAUUUUGUUACUGUUUUUCAUGUUACAUUUAUGUUUUAUAUAUAUCUUAAUUGUCUUUCUUUUGCAUUUAUCUGUGUGAGGAUUUUUACAUUUAUGUUGCCUAAAUGAAAAUACAGUAUUUCCUCUUGAAACUUUCAGAUGCUUGCUAACAUCUGAUUGCUAAAAUGAUUUGGCCAGUCGUGACUCACUCUUUCAGUUCUCUUUUUUGGUUCUUGAUUUAUAUAUUUAUAUGGCUUUUAUCAGACAUAUUUUGAUCUUGAAUCGGGUCAAGUGCAUGUGAAACAUUGAUGGAUUCUUUUAAGAAGCAAACUACCAGAAAUUAGUGCUGCAUUCUUGAAUGUGAAUCAUGUCUUUUAAUGCAGAAUUGUAAACAAACACACACUAUUUUUAGCCUAUGCCAUUGGGACAGUACCUACUCUCAAAUUCAGCCUGUUUUAGCUCCAUUCUGGUUUCGGAUGUCGCUUUUUUGUGGAGUGUGUGCGAUGAUGUGUACAUGCUCUGACUGACUGAAAGUUUUGAGUGAAUGGCAUACCCAAUGUUUCAGAUAUCUCAUGUAGGUCAUGUGGCUAGUAUGUGUCAUGGAAAUGUGCUGAUUACAUUUGUAUAAAUAGUUAAAUUGUUGUAACCUUUCAUGACUUUGUGGAUAUGAUGUUUUGAGGUAGUGAUUUAUUUUUGUAUUUAAAAAAUGUCAUAAAGUAGGUUAAGUGACUGAUGUUUAGAUAUCUAUUUGAAAUGUUGGUGUGUCUUUUAAAGUAAUUGCUGUGCUCUCAUGUGUCAACAGACCUGGAGAUCUGAGUGUCCAGACGUUGUUUAUCACAGCUCACUCAUUAAGUAGCUCUUAAAUCUACCACAUGCUGAAUCUUUUAGUAUUUUUAAAUCUUCUCUUUUCUGAGAUUAUUAUUGUAUUCUUUUUAAACAGUUCUGAAUGCAUAUUUUCUUUUUUGUAUUUCAAUGUAAGUGUUUUUAUCUUGUAUAGCGCUUUGAGAUGCAACUUUUAAAG